AUGGCGACCAUGCAGGAAAUCUUCAAAGGCUUUGAGGAACGUCAGGCUAAACUUGUUGAAGACGGGUUGAAGAACCCACUUGCCCACGGUGCCGCUCUUAUCGAGGGCCAGAUCACACCUCUCUUAGACGCAAAGAUUCCUAUCCUUGACCAAGGUUUCCUCCAUAGCGAUCUCACCUACGAUGUCCCAGCUGUGUGGGAUGGAAAGCUCUUUCGCUUCAAUGACCACCUUGACCGGCUGGAGAGGAGCUGUACUAAGCUGAGGCUCAAGCCCCCGAUGUCCCGAAAUGAGAUUGAACAAGCCACUAUAAACUUGAUCUCAAAGAGCGGCAUCCAGGACGCCUAUGUUCAGAUCAUUCAUUGUCACUCGCGGCUUCCGUUUUAUCCGAGAACCCCUGCCGACCAACGAUACGCCGGAGAGUAA